AUGGCCACGGGGGAGCUGACAGAGCUGGAAAGGGCCAUCGAGCAGGUUGUCACUGUCUUCUUCACCCACGCGGGGAAGGGGGGCAAGAAGGGCUCUCUGACCACCAGCCAGUUCAAGGAGCUGGUCCAGCUCCAGCUGCCCAACCUGAUGAAGGAUGUUCCUUCCCUGGAGGAGAAGAUGCAGGAGCUGGAUGUGAACAAGGAUGAGGAGCUGGGAUUUGGGGAGUACUGGAGGCUGGUGGGGGAGCUGGCCAAGGCCAUGAGGAGGGAGAGAGCAGGGAAGAAGAAGUGA